AUGUCGGAAGAUCCCUUCCUCCAAGUGCAGUCCGAAGUCCUCAACACCCUCCAAACAAUCCGGCCCCUCUAUUCAUCCUUCCUCCGCAUCCGCUCCCUAACAACCUCCCCCUCGAACCCAGAACUCCUCCAAUCCCGGACAGAACUUGAAUCAACCCUCGAAGACCUGCGGGCCGAUCUAGCAGACCUAAGACAAUCCGUGCGCGCUGUGGAACUCGAUCCUUACCGCUAUGGCCUUGAGCUCGAUGAGGUAGAACGUAGGAGAGGCUUUGUGCAAGACCUGGGGCGGGAGGUUGAUGAUAUGGCUGCUGAGAUUGGGAAACAACCGACCACUACAUCUACGACGACGACGAAAGGAAAAAAUGCGCUACCGAAUCCGUCAGAGUUUGAUGCGCUGUCGCCGGAUAUGGAUGAUAAGUUUGGCGGGGAGGGAGAUGAUGAUUACUAUGCGAACUUUGAGCAGCAGCGGCAGGUCGAGAUGAUGGCUGCGCAGGACCAGCAGUUGGAUGGCGUGUUUCGCACGGUGGGCAAUCUGCGACUACAGGCAGAUACUAUGGGACGAGAGCUAGAGGAUCAGGCUGUCUUGUUGGACGAUGUGGAGGGUCUGGCGGAUACGGUUGGGGGAAAGCUGGCCAGCGGGAUGAAGAGGAUCAGGACUAUUGUGAGGAAGAAUGAAGAUACGUAUUCGACUUGUUGUAUCGGAAUACUUCUUGUCGUCCUCGUCCUCCUGUUCAUCCUAUUGCUUGUGCUGUGA